CAUGGCCCGCUGGCCCGUCAAGUCCGUUGAGUUCGUCACUGACUUGCUCAAGAACGCCCAGUCCAACGCUGAGGUCAAGGGUUUGGAGAAUGAGGCUCUUGUCGUUAAGCACAUUCAGGUCAACCAGGCUCCCCGCCAGCGUCGCCGCACCUACCGUGCUCACGGUCGUAUCAACCCCUACAUGUCGUCCCCUUGCCAUAUCGAGAUCAUUCUCGCUGAGGAGAACGAGGCCGUCAAGCGUGAGGCUGAGCCCAAGAAGUCCAAGCUUAACGCUCGUCAGCUCGCUGCCCGUGCCCGCCGUGCUUAAGUACAUGUAAUAAAUUCAAAACCAUCUCGUCCCUUUGCACCUCUUGGUUUUUCUUUAUUAAAGUGAAAGUUGUUUCUACCAAGGA